UACAUGGACAGCUAGACAGACUGGAAACCGACAGAAGGAGCAUUUGUAUCUGGAGAUUUGAUGACUGCAGUCUGGUACAAAGCAAGACAUUUUAACUGGGCAAUAAACUUAAUCACACGGAGGUAUUCUAUAUGUCAUCAGUAGCCCCUAUGAAGGAAUACCUGCUGUCGUUGUCAAGCUCGAGGAGGGAAAAAACCCUUGGUCGCGACUGUCUUGGUACGUCCCAAGAGACACGCCAGUCGUAAAGCUGCACAUCGAUCAUUCGUUGUUGAUUUUAAGAUUUUAAAAUUUACGUUUACAGAACGAUUCUAUGCUUCGGGUGCUUUUAUGAAGCUGCGCUGUUUCCGUAUAUGGUGAAAUACGGUAGCAUAGCAUGUAGCAGUAUACCGGAAAAGGCGUUCAACGGGACUUCCGCUUUAUCUCCCACCCUAGUGUGACAGCGCCUGUAGUGCGCGUUUGUAUGUAUGAAGGAGGGCGACAGAGGGAGUAAGUAGCGUACACAGUUUGUAAACUGAAGCGGACGAGUCAGACAGUACACUUGGGUAUAUAGCGACCAUGGAGUACUAUGUUGCAGUGCUUGCACAGAUGUUGGAGAUUGCGUGUUAGUUUCCAAGAUCUAAAAGAUAGUGAUCUAUAUGUAUAAUUUACCCAUUCGUUUUAUGAUUUAGUAUUGUCAGGAUCCGAGAAACGAAGCUGAAUGUAUUUCAGACACAGAGCUCUAAAACGGGUGCACAACUCUGAAAACUGAGGGUUUUGAACCUUGGAACCUUUAUUUGGGUGAGAACUUCGGCAAGAUUCUGAGCACCCUGUUGGCUGUAAACAUCACUACUCAAGACUGUGUCUCUGAGAAGUCAUGCCCCCGGCCCGGCGCUUCUGCACCCUGCCUGGCUUCCUGUGCACGCUUUAUGCCCUUGUGCAAGUCUAACAGGUCCCUGUGCAGACAGUCUAAAUCUGUGGAGAUGUCGGAGAACGGUGGCGGCGGCGGGCAGCUGCUGGUGAAGGCCCGCUUCAACUUCAAGCAGAACAACGAGGACGAGCUGUCCUUCGGCAAGGGCGACCUGAUCUGCGUCAUCCGCCAAGAGGACGGCGGCUGGUGGGAAGGCACCGUCGGCGGCCGCACCGGCUGGUUCCCUAGCAACUACGUCCGAGAGGUCAAGCCCUCUGAGAAGCCCAUGUCUCCCAGAGGUCUGAAAGGGUUUGAGUUGCCCCAGCUGACUAAGAACUACUAUAGUGUGGUGGUCCAGGACAUUCUGGAGUUUGAGCGAGAGUUUGUGAAGGAACUGCAGGCCCUGCUGGGCUGCUACCUGCGCCCCCUGCAGGCCAGCGACAGGCUAUCCAGUGCAGACAGCACAAGCCUGAUGGGGAACCUGGAAGACGUCCUGACAUUUCAGCAAGGCCUCUGUGUGGCCUUAGAAGAGUGUGCGAAAAUGCCAGAGGGACAGCAGCGUCUGGGUGGCUGUUACCUGAACCUGUUGUGUCAGAUCAGGGUGCUGUACCUGUCGUACUGUUCCAACCAUCCCUCUGCUGUGUGUGUGCUCACUGACCACGGUGAGGAGCUGGACAAGUUCAUGGACAGCCAGGGGGCCAGCGGCCCCGGGGUCCUGACCCUGACCAGCAGCCUCAGCAGGCCCUUCAUGCGGCUGGACAAAUACCCCACCUUGCUCCAGGAGCUGGAAAGACACGUGGAGGAAGCCCACCCAGACUAUAGCGACAUUUUGAAAGCCACAACGGCCUUUAAGAACUUGGCGUCUCAGUGCCAGGACGUGCGGAAGCGCAGGAACCUGGAGCUGCAGAUUGUGUCGGAGCCGGUGCGAGGCUGGGAGGGAGAGAGCAUCAGGUCUCUGGGUCACGUGAUCUACAUGUCCCAGGUGCACAUGCAGAGUGCGGCCAGUGAGGAUAAGGAGGAGCGCUACUUCUUGCUGUUUCCCGGUGUUCUGCUCAUGCUGUCAGCCAGUCCUCGCAUGAGUGGAUUCAUCUACCAGGGAAGGUUACCUCUGACGGGGAUGACAGUGAGCAGACAGGUGGAGGACGUGGACAGUGCGCACUUCGCCUUCGAGAUCUCAGGUAGCAUGAUCGAUCGCAUCAUGGUGUUCUGCAGCGCCCAACAAGAGCUUCAGGAGUGGCUGGAUCACCUGCACUCUCUCACCAAAGGAGGCAGCCCUGGGGGCACCAUCAGUAAGAAUGCUGACAGCAGACACGGAAGCGCCGCCGGCACCCCCAGCCACCAGGGGUACGGCUCUCCCGCCACAACGCGGGGACCCCUGGAGCCCCCGAAAACCAGCAAGCCCUGGUCCCUGAGCUGCCUGCGCCCCGCGCCGCCCCUCAAGCCCUCUGCCGCGCUGGGCUGCAAGGAGAGGAUGUCUUAUAUCCUGAAGGACUCCAGUAAAAGCCCCAGGCCAAUUAAGAAAUUUCUUCCAAAACGAAAAACGGAAAGAAAGCCGUCAGACGAUGACGUCCUCCUGAGGAAAAGCACAGCAGCCCUGGAGGAGGAUGCCCAGAUUCUGAAGGUCAUUGAAGCCUACUGCACAGGGGCCAGCUUUCAACAGGCCAGCACAGUGGCACGGAAGGAGGGAACGCCACAGGUCCUUCUACCCGAGGAGGAGAAGAUCAUCAUGGAAGAAAUGAAGAGUAAUGGGCAGACAGUCAUCGAGGAAAAAAGCCUCGUGGAUGCUGUGUAUGCUUUAAAGGAUGAAGUCCAUGAGCUGAAGAAGGAGAAUAAACGGAUGAGGCAGUGUCUGGAGGAGGAGCAGAAGUCCCGGAAGGAGCUGGAGCGAGUGGUCAGGAGGCUGGCCAAACAGAAGAACGACUGCGCCUGGGAAGAUGGCGGCCACUGAAACUGUGUGUGUGUGUGUGUGUGUGUGUGAGUGUGUGUAUGUGUGUGUGUUUGUUUGUCUGUGUGUGUGUGUGUGUGUGUUUGUUUGACUGUGUGUGUGUGAGUGUGUGAGUGU